AUGCCCAUGAGAUACUCGAGUCUUCAUGCUCCCGCUGUUCAGCAAUUCAAAUCUUUUUUAUAUACCUUGGUCUUGAUGCCAACUUUUGUAAGUAUUUUCAAAGCCUAUCCAUCUCACAAUCAAGAGCUCUUGCCUUUUCUUCAAUACUACCACUCAGUUCGUACCCGAAGAACUCUACCAAAAGAUCACAUUUAGAUCUCCAUCAUGGGUAGUGGCAGCGGCUCAUCGUCUUCCAAACAUGGAUCUUCCAGGCAUGGGUCCUCCAAACAUGGAGGCUCCAGGCAUGGGAACUCUAGCAAAUCUCACAGCAAGAAAGAAGUAG